UCAAUUAGCGUUAUUAAAGAGGCUUUUCCAAAAAAAAAACCUUGUUUUCUAUUAGUUUGAAAGAGAAAAUUGUAUCAUUUAAAGUAAUUUUAGGUGCUAUUCAAUGUCUCAAGUGAAAUGAGCGAGAUUAGAAAAAGCUUAGAAGACGAAACUGAAAAAAGCAGCAUCAACAGUCCCUCGAACAUCUACCAGGAAGACUUUUCCGUGAAUCCGUUGAAAAACGAUGCUACUCAUCAGUUGACAGAGGACAAAAGCGGCAAGGAGGCCCCAGUACCAUCAGAAAAACACCAGGAAAAGAGCAUUUUGGAAAAAUUCCUAACACGUCCGCUUCACAGCACUUCAGUCCAAGAUACGUCACGACACCACAACACUAUGGACAACCGGAAAGUUGAGCCGCUUAAAAUCAAUUUGCAUCGAGAGCCUAUCAAAACAGUAAUAAAGAUACCACCGCCUGGUGCCUCGGCAGAGCCGCAACAACAUUCACCCAAAAUUACAAUCAAGCCUCUAAAACCUCCAACAACAGCACAACCUACUUCGGAAAACGUCGCAGAUCCCCACACAGAGCCUCAUAUUGUGCCCAAAUUGACAAUUCGUAACAUUUCACACACAACUCCCACGUCUGCUCUCUCAUCAACGUCAUCUUCAUCAAACAAUGAGUGUACCGUUGUACCAAAACUCACAAUUAAGCUGGACCAUCAGAAUUCCCAAGAGUUUAGCUCGCACCAACCUUCAAAGACACACGAAAAGAAACACAAAACAGAAGAUGGCAUGCUAACAGCAGACGGUGUAAAAUUGACAAUUAAACCGAUUCCUGAACCCCCUAUCCCCAAACUAACGAUCAAAACAACUCCUUCGGAUGUUGCUGUCACAACGAACACUAGUGAAUCUGUUCCGAAAUUAUUGAUUAAGCCCAUUCAACAUGAAAACUCGGAGGUAGAAAUGCAAAGUGGAAGUGAGGAGAACGAUUCAAAUGAAAAUAGUGUUGAUGCUCCUUUAGAAAACACACCGAUACCAAAACUAACACUGAAAAAAAGCACAUUUGACACAAGUCCGACAGUUCCUAAGCUCAUAUUAAAAAUGGGAGGAAAUAAAAUUGUAUGUGGAGACGAUGUAGCUCAAAAUACUUUCCCAAGUGACUCUGAAGGAAAUGACAAUUUGGCAGACAGUGAGAAAAAUUCGCCUGAACAUGCACCAAGUGAUUUGAGUGACAGUAAUAUUUUGACGAAUGAAAGUGAUCAAUCGUUAAUCGAAAAUUCGGAAAGUCUCAAAAAGAAUACAGAAAAAUUCAAUGCAUCGACUAUAGUGCUCGAAAAUCCAGACUCGCCAAGAAUUAUUUUGAAAAUAAACAAAACUAGCACAAAUGAGAUGAAAUCGCAUUCAGAUUCGUCUUAUUUCAAUUCAGAUAAUGUCGUUUCCAGUACUAUUUCAAGUGAAUCCGAGAUUGGACAUAAAGCAGAAAAGAAUGAUGAAGCAAAAAAACGACCACAAGCGGAUCAUGAUAGUGAUGUGGACGAUAGCGACGUUGAACCUAUUAAGAAACCAAAAUUAUUAGCCGAUAAAACUGCAGAUUCUGGCGAUAAUGAUGAAAUAUCCCCGAAAAAGAGAUCAGAUGAAGACACUGAGGACGAAGAAAAAAUGGAAAUUGAUGCAUCAAAAGAAGAAAAUGGAGAAGAUGAAGAGACUGCAAACAUGAAAACAAGUAAUGAGGAAACUUGCAUUGCACUAGAUGAUGACACUAACGAAGAAAAGGCUGAUUUGAAUGAAACUAGUUCAAUGCCAACCGAAGAAUCGACCGAUAUAACUCCAGUUAAGAGAGGAAGAGGCAGACCUAAGAAAAUGCUACAAACAUCAUCCACAAAACAAAUUUCGAAAGGAAAUGAAACAGAUGACAAAGAAGAAAAUGCAAAAGGGGAAAACUCCAUGGUUGAUAUCCAUAAAACUCCAUCACGAGGUAGAGGCAGAGGUCGUGGUAGAGGUGGAAAAACAAUGGAAAUAGUAAAAGAUGGCAAAGUAAUGCAAGUGAAAAUGGAUGCAGGUUAUGAAGAUGAUGAUUCACCCACAUUUUCUAUUUAUAAUCGAUACGCAAGUACAAGGGGUCGAGGUCGAGGAUCCCGUGGUAAAAGAGGGAUAAGUCGGUUGAGAAAAUCCAUGUCAAACGAAAGUUGUUCCAACACACCAGAACCCAACAAUUUGGGAGAUCAUAAGGUGCAAAAAUUAUCAAAAUUGAAUACACUUGGUCCAGUUCAAAUAUUCGAGGAAGAUACUUUGAUGGGUGGUGGUGAUGUCUUUCAAUCGCCUUUUAGAAACUUACCUGAUUACCCUGACGAAUCUCAAAGCUCGCAACUUAGUAGUGCAAGUGCAACAAAUGAAGGGCGCGAGCGAAAACGAGGAAAAAUGGAAGUUUGUGAGCCAGAAGGACGAACUGAAUUUACGGUCGACCUCAUAGCUGAAUAUGAAUGGCCUCCCAAAAAUGGUCUGAAAAAUCGCAAUAGCGAGACCUAUAUGAUUCAAGAACAAAUUUCCGAGUACUUGGGAAUAAAAAGUUUCAAACGAAAGUAUCCUGAUUUGUUUCGACGACCCGUUGAAAUGGAGGAACGAAACUACAUGAUGGAAAGAGGUCUGGUAUCGGAAAAAAUGUGUGAUCUUGGUUUAACUGCCGUCGUUGCGUCGGAAAUAUUGGACAUUAUGUGUAACGAUUAUCCAGAAAAGUAUGAGGAAUACAGACGUUAUCAAAGAGAAAAACAGUUUUUGGAGCUUAGUCAUCGACAAAAGUUACUUCGUUUUGAACAGGAAAACAAAGGACAACAGCAAAAGGAUAAGGCCAUUGAAACGGCAGCUUCUUGGAAUGCACUUUUUAAUAAAGAUCGAAUUCAAUCGAGAAAAAGCUGUAUAGAUUUGCAAACAUUGGUCAUUCAAAUACCGAAAGCAAGGAGUGAGAAAAUAACAGCGAAAAAUUCGAGAGAAAUAGAAAAAACAAACUAUCCUAUAGCUCUUGUUCCUGGUCAAUUCUCUGAGUUUUUCAAGUCGUACACGCCAGAAGAAUUAGCGUGUUACCCGGUAAAUACUGUUCUUAUUCAUCAUUCAAAACUGAAUGCAUUACUGAGAGAGCACGAAGAAAACGGCAGCGAGGAGAGCAAUGAAUCUGAUAAUGAGACUGGUGAUGAAACCUCAUCAUCCUCAGAUUCCGACUCAAGCGAUAAUUCAUCUGAUGAAGAGUCCAAUGAAGAUCCUCUUUGUGCAGUUUGUGAUUUAACACAAUACAAAAAUUCCUACGGACACCCAGAAAUUUUUAUUGAAUGUACUGCUUGUCAUCGAAAAGCUCAUCCUACCUGCAUCAAAAUGCCACUUAAAAUGGUGAAACGGGCAAUGGAGUACAGUUGGAAGUGUGCCGAAUGCAAAAAUUGCAGCAAAUGUAUGCGAACAACUGACGAAACGAAAAUGCUUUUCUGUGGUCAAUGCGAUCGAGGCUUUCACAUUUAUUGUUUGGGACUUAGAAAUGUACCAGAUGGUCAAUGGUACUGCAAUAUUUGCACAAUUUGCACAAAAUGUGGUACAAAAAGUCCAGAAGGCAAUCCAAAUCCAUUACUUACUCCGAAUCAAAGACAAAACCUUGCAAUGGUGGCAAAUUGGACUCAUCUGUAUAGAAUUAAUAAUAUAACAAAACUUCGUGAGCAUCACCAAACAUUGUGUGUCCCAUGUGCGAAAUUGAAAAAUUUUUAGAGUUAGCUGUUAAAUUUAUAUAAUCUUUUAUUAAGACUAACAGUAUUCAAGUUUAUGUCAAAAAAGAAAUAAAUUAUUU